AUGAAAAACCAGGGCAAACCACCUAAGAUUAAAGUUGUCAGAAGACAGACAGAAAUAGACCGCCUAGUCAAGGAGAGGAGGCAGCUGAAGAAGCAAUGGAGGAAGGCCACAGAGGAGGAGAAGGAGGGUAUAAACCUGCUGCAGGAAGAGAUUCAGAGCAGGCUUGCAACACUGAGGAGAGCUGAAAACCUUCUGAGGAAGCGCAGAAGGAAGGAGCAAACAAGAUCACGCUUCUACAAAGAUCCCUUCAAAUUUGUGAAGAGUCUCUUCACAAAGGAGAAGAGCGGAAGUCUCUCGUCAAUCUACCAGAGCAUGGACAUCAGUCUACCCAGAUGGAGUGAGGUAGAACAAACCGUGCAUAGAGCAAGGGCCGCAUCAUCUCCAGGUCCCAACGGAGUUCCAUACAGGUUCUACAAAAACACACCAGAUGUCCUGCGAUUCCUCUGGAAACUGAUGAGAGUUGUGUGGCAAAAAAAGGAGAUACCAACGUCCUGGCGGAGAGCCGGAGGGAUUCUUAUCCCCAAGGCAAAGGACUCAUCAGAGAUUGGGCAGUUCCGCCAGAUCAGCCUUCUAAACGUCGAGGGAAAAAUCUUCUUCAGCGUGGUCGCUCACAGAUUGGCAGGAUACCUGCAAAGAAACAACCUGAUUGACACGUCAAUCCAGAAAGCAGGCAUCUCAGGCUUCUCCGGUUGUGUAGAACACGCUAGUGUCAUCUGGCAUCAGAUCCAGGUCGCCAAAAAGGAGGGAACAAAUCUUCACGUGGUGUUCCUGGAUCUCGCGAAUGCCUUUGGCUCAGUCCCUCACAGCCUCCUAUGGACAGCCUUUGACUACUUCAGGGUCCCAGCAGCUCUCACAACCCUUGUCAAGGCGUACUUCAAGGACGUCCAACUCUGCGUGACAAUAGCAGAGUACACAACAGCAUGGCAACACCUGGAAGUGGGAAUUAUGGCCGGCUGCACCAUCUCCCCGCUGGCCUUCACCCUGGCCAUGGAGGUCAUCAUCCGGGCCUCACGAUGGACAGUUGGCGGACAGCGAAUAAGACCUGGUCUGAGGCUGCCACUGCUCAGAGCCUACAUGGAUGACCUCACAACUCUCACCAUGACCAAGGUCUGCACUGUACGGCUACUAAGAAAACUUCAGGAAAACAUUGAGCGGGCUCGGAUGAAGAUCAAGCCGAGCAAGUCCAGAAGCAUCUCCAUUAUUAAGGGGAAGCUGUCAGAACAUCGCUUCCACAUAGGCGAGGAACCCAUUCCAAUGGUCUCCGAGAAACCUGUGAAGAGCCUAGGUCGGUGGUAUGAUGCCUCCCUUAAAGACAAAGAGCAAGUAGAACAGCUCAGGAAGGAGGUAGCCAGCGGCCUGGAGAACAUCGACAGAACCUUGCUUCCUGGUAAGCUGAAGCUCUGGUGCAUGCAGUAUGGACUACUUCCACGUCUCCUGUGGCCACUAACCCUCUAUGAAGUCCCACUCUCAAAGGUGGAAAAGCUGGAGAGGCUGGUUAGCUCAUAUGUAAGGAAAUGGCUUGGCCUUCCCAGGUGCCUCAGCAGCAUUGGGCUUUAUGGCAAAGGGAUGUUACACCUGCCCAUUUCCAGCCUGGCAGAGGAGUACAAGUGUGCCAAAGUCAGACUGGAGAUGAUGCUACUGGAUUCGAGCGAUCCAUUUGUAGCCCAAGCUGCCCCCAUCUUGGCCACCGGGAGGAAGUGGACUCCAUUGGCUGCAACCGAGCAGGCGAAGGCAGCACUCAGACACAAGGACAUCGUGGGCCGAAUGCAGGAGGGGGGGAGUGGUCUUGGCCUUGGGGCCAGUACACCAGCGUGGAGCAAGGCUCCACCAUUUCAAAGACGCAAGCUGGUGGUCCAGGAGGUACGUCGGGAGGAGGAAGCAAGAAGGUGUGCCCAAGCUGUGGCGCAGGCAAAGCAAGGGCAGUGGAUGGCAUGGAAAGGAGUGGAGAAGAGGAAGAUCUCCUGGAACGAGCUGUGGGAGAUGGAGGCAUUCAGGGCGAGCUUUACCAUCAGGGCUGCCUAUGAUGUCCUGCCUUCCCCCGCAAACCUAAGCCAGUGGUAUGCCGGAGACCCCACAUGCCCUCUAUGUCCAAGUCCAGCAACACUGAAGCACAUCUUAGUGGGAUGCAAGACCAGCCUCACCCAAGGCCGUUAUACCUGGCGGCACAACCAGGUCCUUAACUGUCUUGCAGCAGUGCUGGAAAGUCGACGGACAAGUGUGAAUGCCCUUCCUCCCCCGUCAUCUCGGUGGCAGCCAAUACCAUUUGUUUGGGAGGGCGAGGGUCAAGCCAGCCUCAUCACCGUAAGACCAGACACUGGGCGGCUGGGCAGAGCACGGGACUGGAUGCUGCUGGCAGACUUGGACAAGAAACUCUGCUUCCCAGCUGAGAUCGCAGCUACCAACCUGCGACCAGACCUUGUUCUGUGGUCAGCCUUACUCAAGCUUGUUAACAUCAUCAAGCUCACCGUGCCCUGGGAGGGUGCAGUGGAGGAGGCCUAUGAACGGAAAAGGCUGAGGUACGCUGAACUUGCAGCCGACGCACAACAACAAGGCUGGAAUGUGAAGGUAUGCCCAGUGGAAGUAGGUUGCAGAGGGUUCAUAGCCACCUCAACAUCUAGGCUACUCAGGGAGAUGGGAGUGCGAGGGAAGGCCCAUCGUCAGGCAGUCAAAGACCUCUUCAGGGCUGCUGAAAAGGGGAGCCAGUGGCUGUGGAUGAAAAAGAAAGGACUCCGCCUGGGCCUUCAAGUGAGUUGUCGGCAUCUAGGGAGUGAACCUGGGACGCUGGGAUUCACUGCUGAACCCUCUGGAGGUGUCGUGGGCCUAUCAGCGAAACACCUAAGAAGGAGGGCGCCCACUUGA